UUAACAAAUGAGAUCAAUGUGAAACUAUGCUACAUUGACACAAUUUAACAUUUAAGAUCCUUCUUUUGCUAUUUUAAAAAAAGAACGAAAUUAUAUUAUUCAUAUUCUUGAACAAGUGAUUUGUCAAAUAAAAAUUUGUGCAGUGUGAAAGGAAUAAAUUAAAUAAAUAUGAGGGUCACGUCGUGUCAUUUUCGUCGUUGCAUUAUAGCAGCACUAUCAGUAGUAUUAUUAUUUUGCAUCAUUCAAAUAAUAAGAAUAGAGAUGGGAUUCAAUGAUUCUGAUCUUACAAACCUGGAGAAAUUGAUGCACAUAUCACAAUUAAUCAAAGAAUCAGAACAGCCUUAUGCAGGAGAAGGUGUCGUUGCUUGCAAGUUACCCCAGUUAAAUGUAUCUAAUCCAGAAAUAAUGAAGUUUAUACACGACGUAUCACCUUUAUCAUGUGGGUCAGAAGAUUGGGUUGCUGUAGAAGGUUCAAAACUUAUUAUUACUAAUAAAGCACGAAAAAAGUAUGGACAAAUAACGUGUAUUUUCAGUGAAAUUAUUAGAACAGAUGACUACACUACAAAACUAUCGGAGGGUAUAGAGGCUGACGAUUUUUACAAUCUUAGAGAUAGUGACUUUGCUGAAGUCAGAUGCAAAUCAAAGAAAGGAGAUGUGUGGCACAGUAUGCUUGCUGGAGUGAAAUACGACCUACGCGCCAGAAAACAGCAUAAUUGGGGCAAUGUACCGGAUACUGGUCUGAAAUUGAACGUACUCAUGUUCGGCUUCGAUUCAUUAUCCAGGAAUACAUUUAUUCGCAAACUACCCAAAACUUAUCGUUUCAUAAAACACCAGCUGGAUGCUCUUGUGCUAGAAGGAUACAAUAUCGUAGGCGACGGCACUCCGCAAGCGCUCAUUCCGAUUCUAACCGGCAAGAUCGAGCUUGAAUUACCGGAAACGCGGAAACGAAUGGGUCACAAAGCGAAUUACGUCAACGUUUAUCCCAUGAUAUGGGACAAAUAUAAGGAGUACGGAUACAUAACAGGUUUUAUGGAAGAUGUACCGCAUAUCGGAACAUUCACGUAUCGCUUGAAAGGAUUUCAUGAGCAACCUACUCAUCACUAUAUGCGCACGUAUUAUCUAGCAGCUUCCUCGUACUUCAAAACGUACAAGAAAUUCUGUAUAGCUGGCACUCCACGUCAUAUGGUGAUGAUGAAUUAUAUAAAAACAAUUUUCAAUGCAUAUAAAAAGCAACCGAAAUUCGUAUUUGGAUUUCAUGGAGAAUUGUCUCAUGAUUCUUACAAUGAUAUUGGAGUGGUAGAUGACGACCUGUAUUCUUGGGUGAAAGAUCUUUACGAUUUUGGACAUUUAAACAAUACAAUUUUAAUUUUGAUGAGUGAUCAUGGACACAGAUUUGCGGAGAUUCGCAACACUUUACAAGGCAAACAAGAGGAAAGACUCCCGUUUUUCUCUUUUAUCUUUCCACCUUGGUUUAAACAAGUUCACCCACAAGCAUACGCAAACUUCGUAUAUAACACGCAAUACUUAACGUCGCCGUUUGAUGUGCACAAAACAUUGGAAAAUAUACUUAACUUUGGCACACCGAAGGAUGGAGACCGUCGUCAAAGAGCCAUCAGUUUAUUCGACAAGAUACCUCUAGAUAGAACAUGUGCAGAUGCAUUUAUUGAGCCCCACUGGUGUGCUUGUCUCGGGUGGCAAGAAAUUUCUAUCGAUAAUACAAAUAUUAUCGCUGCUGCCAACUAUUUCGUCCAAUUUCUUAAUGAUUACACCAUAGAUCAUCACGACAUAUGUGAGAUAUUACACUUGGAUGAGAUUCUAUGGGCUGCCAAGCUCAUACCUACUAAAGGUUUGCUAGAUUUUCGAAAAUCAGGAGACCAAGAUGGUUUCAUAGGUGAUUUCAGUGCCAAAACCAAAGUGACAACGGAGAUAUACCAAUUAAAAGUGAGAACUGUACCGGGUAAAGCAUUAUUCGAAGUUAGCAUCACUCAUGAUCUUAUGAAAAAUAUAUUCCAUACGAAGAUUUCUGACAUCAGCAGAAUUAAUAUGUAUGGGUCUCAAGCGAAAUGCGUGGAAAAUUCGUUAUUUCACUUGCGCAAGUAUUGUUAUUGUAAAGAAUAGAUCACAAUUAUACUGACAAUGCGUUUCUAAUAAAACAACGGGAUGCCAUACAUCAAAACAUUACAAUCAAAGGCAACAUAGUCAACCGUGCCGAAGAAUAUUAUUUAGCUUAAAAUAAUUUUGUUAAGUGUACUGUGAUUAAAUUAAACAUAGUCGUAUAUUAGAUUGAAGGGAAGUAUAUACAUAUUAGUUAAAAUUUUAAGUAAUUGUGUAUCAAUGAAAAUAACUAUUAUGAUUAGAAUAUCGCACGGUACAUAUCACACAUUCUUAAGAAAUCUUAUAUGCUACGUGCGAUUUACUAUUACAUAAGCAAUACAUAUCUUGCUUUAAGGGGGUAUUCUAUUUUGUCAAAUCAGAAAAAUAUCUUUUUAAAAAUUUAUGUAAGGAAAAAUUUUAGAGCAAUUAAGACAGAUGCCACUUUUUUUAUAAAUGUUUAUUGAGUUUUAUAGAUUGCAAUAAUAUUUUUAGUUAUCGCAAACUAUUAUAUGUUGAUGACAUUAAAGGGGGGACUGCAAUAAGUACACCUCUCCUUUACGAAAAUAAUUGAGAGGUACUGAUUAAUGUGAAGUAUAUAAACAGAAGAAAUUUUCUUAAUUUAUGUGAGUUUGUACAUAUUUCAGUUAAACCAAAAAUAAUAUUAUAGAUUAAUAAUAUUUUAGUUGAACCAAAAAUAAUAUUAAAAAUAAUAUUAAAAAUUAAAUAAUAUUCAUUGAAUAUUAAAAAUUAAAAAUUGAGAAAAUUGCAACCUCUCAAACAUUUAAAAAAAGAAAACUAUUGUAAAUAUUGUCUUCAACGCAAUCUUUUCCAAUCAUUUUAUUAUUUUAUUUUUUCGAACAAAUUUUAGCAAUCUUUUCGUCUUUAUAAGCCAUUUUAAUCUCCCGUGACUUAUAUGAAUCUUGAUGCUCGGCAAUUUUCAGUCGUUCGGCGUCACUGAUUGCCGAAAAUUUUGGCUUAGAGGUUAAUUUUUAUUCUCAAUACUUUCA